GAGGAGGAGGAGGAGGCGGAGUGGAAGUAGCCGUCGCGAGGCAGUCAGUCGGUCCCCAGCGAGCGGAUCAUCAGGUGGUGUGGGAGGAAACAGGAGGGGAUCCCAACACGCACCUUGCGGGACUCCUCUCUCUCUCUCUCUCUCUCUCUCGGUCAAGGAACUCUGCGUGCCCGGGUGAGCGCACCGCCACCCGCCACUCACCUCCCGGCGGCCCGCACCAGCAGCACGGCCCGCGACUCCCUUACCGUGGGUGUUUUGCGGCAGACCACUUUGCAUAAUACUACUAUAACUCAAGCCGGAAAGAAUAGUCAUUACUUCCUGUUUGGAGUUUAAGUAAGGGAUGAUCUGUCGUAACGGCGUCCCUUUAACGUCAAGUCCCUCGAUGCUCUCAGUUCUCACGGGAAGGCCACUGGGAAAAUAGCGUUUCCCCUGAGUUAGUCUUCCUCGGCCAGCACUCAUUAGCUCAUUAGACUGUGCUGCCGCUAAACUCAUAUGAGAAAACUGACUUAAUUCAGCUUAAUAACUCUCCCGGGCAAAAUCUAUACCUAAUAGCAGUUCGUUCGUUAGGGAAUAUUGGGUGUAUUUUUACCGCCACCUCAUGUGAGAAAACAGACUGAUACUCCCGCGACGUGAGGCAGAUUUCAAAAGGUGGUAUUGCUCUGGUUGGCUGAAAACUUAUCCCAAACCGUGGCCUCGACCUGUCAGUGCGUGAGGCUGACUGCAGUGAGGCGACGCGAGGCAGGCGGAGGCGCACACUUCGCAUCACCGCUCUGACCUUGAAUCGUGUGAAGCAGAAAAGAAGUCACCGCCGCGAGACCCACUUCCCUCCCGAAGCCGAAAAAAAAGGAUCAUUCGCAUUCCUCACGGGAAAGUCCUAGAAAAGAAACUCAAGAGGAGGAGGAAGGAAAUAACUGCAGGGGAUAGACAGGAUGGAUUAAGUGAGUGAGUGAGUGAGCGAGCGAGCGAGCGAGCGACGGGCGAUUCAUGCACGUAUUUUACAAGGUUUCUUUUCCCCUCACUAAAAUAUAAACACUCCACAAUAUUUACGUGAAUGUGAAACGAAGACAACAACGAACGUACUUGGUCCAACUCAGUGACUUUAUUGUUUUACUGUCCAGUGUUGUGUUAUUUUGUUCACGUCUCCUCCAUCCUGCAUCCGGCGACGCACUCCCACAAACACCUGACCCCUCCCUCCGCCUCCUCGUCUCCGUGGCGCAGCAUCCCGACAGGCGUCCCUUGGGGGCUGUCAGUGGCCGUGUCUUGUGUUGGCGGCUGCAAGUGUCUCCGCCUCAUGUGGAUUUCAGCAAUGGGCGGCGUAAGGGCGUGGCGGUGCAAGUGGUGGUGGUGGUGCCUCGCUGCAGUUGCCAGUGUGGUGGUGAGCAGUGGCGCGGCGGCAGCAGAUGACUCCCCGCACAGGCAACAGAGGGAAGCAGCAGCAGUAGCAUGGCAAACAAUGGGAGGACCACAGCAGAAACACCACCACCAUCACCACCUCCGCCGCCGCCACCUGCACCUCCGCCCCGAGCAGCAGGAGGAGAAGCAGGAGGCGGUGAUGACGGAGGUUGGAUCAGCAAGAAGCUCUCGUUUACCUUGGCAGCACGAGUCUCCUUCCCGCCAGGUGCGUCUGCCUCUCCUUCAGGACGGCGAGCAGAGAUUUUCCUUCUACGUGUAUGGCAGUAAUGGAUUGCUGCAGGAGGCAACGCUUUCCCUCCAUCAGGUGCAGGCCAUGCUGCUGGAAUGCUCCCCGUACCGCGGCGUGCACGGGGAGAACACACGCUCCUCCUCUGAACUCGACCCGGCGAUCCUCCCACGUCCCCACCGGGCCCCCGCACGUCCCUCCAGCAACAUACACGGCGUGGUGGCGACUGUACAGCAGAUGGUGUCCUCGGAGGCGGCACAGACCCAAGGCACCUCCUCCUCUGCGCCCUCCGCCCACACUGACAAGUCCGAGGAGUCCAUGGAGAUCCCUGAGGACAUGCUGCAGAGCCUCCACAACGUACCCGAGCACAUCGCGACACAGUGGCAAUUCCUCUCCACCUUCUCCCCUCCCACUCCCACCACUGCCAGCACCACCACCACCACCACCACCCUGAACCCUACAUCUGUGCCUGCUGCUGCUACUGCUACUACUGCCAGCCCAUCAGGAGAAUUAGAGGAGGCAAUAAAGCCUAACAGAGGGAAUAAUCUCCUCCCGACGCAGUCUUCAGCGCAGGAGGGGACUAUUGAUGAAGGGUAUGAGAUUACUACUCAGAAUCUGGAGACGACGGAAGAUUACCAUUCGAGUCCCGAGGUGCAGUCUGUGGAUACCGUCAUUCCCUCCGGCAGCACAACCACUUCUGAGGCUCCGGGCACUGCUACGGAUGAGAUGACCGAGAGUCCCAGUGGUGCCUGGGACUCCAGUGACGCCACAACCCUGCCGCCCACGAGCACCGCCGAGGACGAGGACGGGGAAGGCAAGCAGGAAGGCAAGACCAGUGAGGACACGUUACUCUCCACCCUCACGGAUUUCUACGCUGAAUCUUACAACAACGUCCGUCUGCCGACCUCUAGCACCUCGCCGCCAGCCAUCCUCUCCACCUUCAUUGAUUACGCCACCAGUGUCCUAAGAGGCGACUCCCAUGCCUCCAGGGCCUCGCUGUCACCUAUCACAGCGCACCCUUCAGCACCGACACGACCUCCAUACACCACCAUGACCUCCUCCUCUUUCGAUGAUGCCGUUGACGACACAGAGGCGACAAACCCUUCCGCCCCUGGGUUCAACUCCUCCGUGCCUACUGAUGUACCCAGCGAGCCAAGCACCGGCGUGACACUUUCCUACGGCUCCGACAACCUGCUCAGUAUUGAUCUGGUUGACCCUGUGGAGUCAGAAAACCCGUACGAUGUCAUGCCGUUGGAGGGGCAGAGCGGCACCUACCCCGUGCGACCCCCGCCCUCAAGACACACGGGAAGCACGGCGCAGAGUCAAGUAGCUGCCAUUGAGCCUCUUAAUCCCUACGAGAGUCCCGCGAUGCUCCUCCAAGUGCUGCAGAGUCACAACCGACUCCCAGACAGGACAACGGGAGAGGCCGUUCCUUUCUCCACCAAGACGCGAGACACAGGCGACACCCAUCCGCCGCCCUCGCCCUCCACCACGAAUCAUCCCUCGGCAGUCGAAGGCACCAACGAUGAGCGCUUCACGGACAUCACAUCCCAGCACUUCACAGCGACGGGUGGCGGUGGGCAGGACGCAACAGCCUCCGUCAGCCAGUACGUCUCCCAGCCCUCCUCAUCACCAGCAGCCGCGCCGCCGUUAUCCUCCAACGCUGAUGAGGCUCCAACUCAAGAACCCGUCAGCUCCCCGCUGCCCCCUUCCCCCGCCGAGCAGUCAGGCUCCAGCAGCGUCCACAGCAGCGCCUCCAGCGUGCUGCCUCCCUCCCAGCUGGCGAGCACGGGUAACCAGGACAAAAUAGACCUGGAGGCUCUUCAAGUGCACGGGAACCUGACGGAGGGUGACAUCUUCUACGACUACUACGGCUCCUCAGUCUACCUGGACAAUGUACCUGAGCACUACUACGACUACGACGAACUGCCGUCCUCGCAACCUCAACUGAAUGCCACGGACGACCUCGGCUUUCCAGGACCCAACGCUACGAGCCCCUACCAUGACCACCACCACCACCACGACCACCACGACCACCACCACGACCACGGACACGGACACCACGACCAUGGACACCACCACGGGGCGCCCCCAGAGCCCACCGCCUCCCUGCUGCAGGCCCCAGAGGACAACCCUGGCCUGGAGGCGUCCGUGGAAAGCUUGAAUCCAGACAUCAGGAAAUUUGUGGAUGUCAUGAACGAUAUGACUUUCAGGGUGUACAAACGCGCGGCAGAGCAACACAAGCGUCAGAACUUCGUCAUGUCACCCCUCAACCUCAUUUCAACACUAGGGAUGCUUGUGCUGGGGGCUCGCGGGCUCUCUGCUGUCGUCCUCCGCGAUCUCUUGGAAAUGGACAAGUUUUACACCUUCAACCCCCAUCUGGUGCUUCGAAACGUGACGCAGGCCAUACAGAACCUAAAGGAUGUACAUGACGUGACCUUCUUCAGUCAGUUCCUGGUCGAUAAGGAUAAGAACCCCUAUUCCACGGAGUUCUUCGCCAAGGCCAUCAAGGUGUUCUACGACGCUGAGAUCCAGGACAUGGCGGCCGCGGACUUUGAGACCUCUGUGCGGGAGAAGGUCAACUCACUGAUCCGCCAGAACACGAGGAACGAGACUCAAGACUUUAUUAGGGAGGAGGAGCCGCUCUUCCUCACCCCGCCCCUCUCCACCGUGGCCACCAGCUUCCUCCACGCACGCUGGAGUCUGCCGGUGACGCAGGAGGAUCUGGUGGACAUGAACUUCAUCCGGUUCCCGACGGCGGAGCGGCGGCUCAUCCAGACCACGGGACUCCGCAAGAAGGUGACUGUCAACGCGGGAUUCUCGAGGGCGGCAGCGGCGACAUCAGCGGAGGUGCCGCUCUACUCCAGCUCGGGCCUCCUCUCCCUCGUCCUCGUCAUGCCCGGGGAACAGAAGAAUUUUGUCGCCAAUGGACUCAAGCGGUUGGAGUCGAGCUUGUCGUCUGCUAAGUGGAGUGAGUUGCUCCGCUCCAUGCUCCCUAACACAGUGAACCUCAAGAUGCCAGUGUUCAGGCACCGCGCCUUCCACAACAUCUCCACCAUCCUAAGUGACCUUGGCCUGCGGCAGCUAUUCCAGAAGAACGAAGCAGACUUCUCAGGCAUCAACCACAUCAAGAACCUUUAUCUCAACGACGUGGUGCAGUUGACGGAGUUCCAGUCGUGUCAGAUCGAAAAGCCCCGCACACCUUCUGUUCUGAGCGGUAGGAGGAGACGCUCGUCUGCCCCUUCCCUGGGGACCCUGAUGGAGGACAACACUGCAGAGUCCAACUACCUUAAUCACCCGACUUACAUUUACGGCCUGCCCAUGGUGGAGUACGCGAAGGUCAGACUCACACGCAUGGAGUCCGGGGAAAGGCACGACGCAGCCACAGCCACGCAGCAGAAGGCGCCGCAGAAGGACAUGAGCACACGCACAAUGGACGGCGGGGCGAGUGAUGCUGAUAUACGCGCCUCUAUGCUCAGGUCCUCGCCAGAUGUCCUGCAGGAGGCGACACUACAGGCAGCCACGUCACUAGACACGCCUGCUAAUUCCCUCCCUGACAAGACGAAUACUUCGGGAAGCGACGCGGCGGUGACACAGACUCAAGAUGACGAGGGGACAGUAGAAGGGAUAGUGGAGGAGGAAGUGUCGACCUACCCUGAGUACUAUUACUACAACAACUACCACUACAACGACAAGGAGUACGAGUAUAAGGAACACAUGUACGACUAUGGCGAGGGUGGUGAAGGGGUGUUGGCCCCUGAGGAAAGGAUGGAUGUGGAGGUGGAGGAGGAGAGAGUGGAUCGUAUGGGCGCCGCAGCUGACGGGCCCGGUGCUCACUACAGGCAGAGUAAUGUCGGGACUCUGGCGUUCGACCGCGCCUUCCUCUACGCAGUCAGGCACAACCCGACGGGACUCCUGUUGUUCCUGGGACGCUACCUUGACCCGCAGGCGAACUAGACCAGGGAACCAUUAGCAUUUUAGUCAGUACUACACGCCUCUAGAACCAUGUCAUGUUAAUUAGACCAGGCAGCAUAUAGAAACUAACUAGACAGGGAAGCCUCUAGGAUUAUUGUCAAUAUUUUACAUUUCUAGAACUCACUGUAGCCGGGAAAUUCUAGAACUAUAGUCAUUAUUUCGCUCCUCUAGAACUGCAGCAGACUAACAUAGACCAGGGAACUUUUAAAACUAUAAUAAGUACUUCUCGUCUCCAGAACUACAAGCUAACUAGAUUGGAGAGCCUUAAAGAUAAUACUUAAUAUUCCAUUCAGUAGAACUGCAUCAGACCAACUAAAAAUCUCCAAAGGCCUCACCGUUAGUCCCUAAAGAACUUCAUCCUUCAAUUCAUCUAAGCCCUUAAGACUCUAUAUAACAUUCCACCUUUACAAAAACAUAUCAGACAUCAUCAAAAAGCACAUCAGACACAUCAGACCUCAAAUCAAAACCUCAUAAUUAGUCGCUAAAAAAAAAAAAAAAGAAAAAAAAAAAAAACUCAU